AUGGUACUGAUAAACCAUAUCAACCAGUGACUGGUUACCUCUUAACUAAAACGGACAAAAGGGACGAAGUGCUAAAACAAAAGACAGAGAAAUCAAACAAUUAGUGCUUGUUAACAAAGAUUUAAGUGCAGAAAAUAGUGAUAAUGGUGUCCGUUCAAACUAUAGCCACUAUUGUGGUGAAAGUAUUUAAGAUUGUGCUUAACAUUGUAAUCCUGGUACUCUACCGCACAGGCUACAAUGGAGAGUUCCUCGGCGUUGGUGGCACCUGGAACCUCAACGAAGAGAAGAACCCUGAUGCAGAAAUCGUCGCUUCUGGUGUUAUUGUCGGCUAUCUCAUUUACACGCUCGUUCAAGUCGUUACCUUCUUGUUUGGUACCACUGAGCAUAAACGUGCGUUGGGAGACAUAGUGAUGAACUUCGUGGGCGUGUUCCUGUGGAUAGCUGUGGGCGCGGUAGCGCUGCACUACUGGGGCGGAUACCAGGGCGAGCACCAGUUCCAAUUCGUCUUCGCUGAGAGACAGGUGGGCCUAGCGGUGGGCGCUCUCUGCGUGAUACAAGGCGCAGUGUACUUACUAGAUACGGUACUUGCAGUCAUUCACUUCACCAAGGAAAUGUAAACGCAAAACCAUAGUUAACUUGAUGUAGAGUUAAGUUUGUGCGUUGUUAUAGUACAGUUACGAAGAUAUCACGAUAGAAAUUAUAGAAUAUUUGUAAUUAAAUCGAGUAUCUAAUAAUUAUUAUUUUUCUAAAAUAUUAAUAUAUUAAUUUAUUGCGACAUUAUUUGAUUUUAACGAUGCCGAUAUUUAACGAACGACAGAUUAUAAUUUUUUCACAGGUUAAUUAAUUCCCAGUGUAUUUAACAUUGAAAAUAAAAAAAAAAUGUUUAAUUUAGUUAUUUUUACAAUUAUAUCUAAAUACAGCUCUCGUUCAUGAACACUUCUUUUCCCCACCUUUUUAUUAUAAGAAACAAUAUACUUUAAGUACUUUAUUUUGGAAUAUUUUUUACUGUGAAUG